UGUCCCACACAUCACAGAUGCUAUUCAAGAAUGGGUGGAGAGAGUGGCAAAAAUCCCUGUAGAUGGUGAGGGGGAGGAGCCUGAAGUCUGCAUAGUAGAGCUUGGAGGUACAAUAGGGGAUAUAGAAGGAAUGCCUUUUGUGGAAGCAUUCCGUCAGUUUCAGUUCAGGGCAAAAAGGGAGAAUUUCUGCAAUAUCCACGUCAGUUUAGUGCCAUCGCCCAAAACAACCGGUGAACAGAAGACCAAACCCACUCAGAAUAGUGUGAGGGAGCUGAGAGGACUAGGACUGUCUCCUGAUUUGAUUGCUGCCAGAAGUACCAGUAAACUGUCUCAGUCUGUGAUUGACAAAUUGUCCAUGUUUUGCCAAGUUGCUCCACAACAGGUGAUCGGUGUCCAUGAUGUUACAAACUUGUACAGAGUUCCCCUCCAACUGGAGGAGCAGAACCUUCUCCCAUACUUCAGAAAACGCCUCCACCUCCCCAUUCCAGAUCCAGUUCCCAGGAAGUUGCUGCUCAGUUGGAGAGAACUCGCAGAAAGGUGUGACAGGUUGCACAAGGAAGUUACCAUAGCUCUAGUGGGGAAGUACACAGACCUGGAAGAUUCCUAUGCUUCAGUCCUGAAGGCUCUCCAGCAUUCUGCCCUUGCCGUCAAUCAUAAACUCAAAGUAAAAUACAUUGAGGCUUCAGACCUAGAACAGAGCACUCAGCAUGAUCAUCCAGUGAAAUACCAUGAAGCAUGGCAGAAUCUUUGUAGUAGCGAUGGUGUUCUUGUACCAGGUGGUUUUGGAGUGAGAGGAGUAGAAGGGAAAAUGAUGGCAUCCAACUGGGCCAGAAGAAUGAACAAACCUUUCCUUGGAGUGUGUUUAGGCUUACAAUGUGCUGUGAUAGAAUUCUGUAGAAAUGUGGUAGGUUGGAAAGAUGCUAAUUCCACAGAGUUUGACAAGAAUACAACACAUCCAGUGGUGAUAGAGAUGCCAGAGCAUAACCCUGGACACAUGGGAGGUACCAUGAGGCUAGGCAAGAGGAGGACAGAGUUUGUGGAGCAAAGUUCUAUACUCAAGAAAUUGUAUGGCAACCCAGACUAUGUUGAGGAGAGACACCGACACAGAUACGAGGUCAACCCAAGUCUUGUAUCCGAGAUGGAAAACCACGGUUUGAAGUUUGUUGGGCGUGAUGUGGAGGGACAGAGGAUGGAAAUACUAGAACUUAAAGAUCAUCCUUACUUCGUGGCGGUUCAGUACCACCCAGAGUAUAUCUCUCGCCCUCUCAAGCCAUCGCCGCCAUAUUUAGGCCUCCUGCUGGCCUCCGUGGGAAAACUCCAGAGCUACAUUGCCAGGGGAUGUCGCAGCUCCCCGCGCAGUCUCUACUGUGAUGAGUCAGACUCCAUAUCUGAUGACGAUGAACUUGUGACUCUUGUAGAAAAAGCCAGUCUGAAAAGUGAUCAAUUAUAAUGGACAAAUUCUUGCCAUAAUGAGUUGUAUUUAUACUGUUGAAGUGGAUGUAAAUGCAUGGCUGUUGUGAGAUGUGCAUUCUUCUUUUGUGACAGUGACUUUUUAUUAUAGAGAAUUUAGUAAAAGCAUUUCUGCUACAAAUGUAACAAAACUCUAAUAUGUACUAAGAGGUACUUUACUAGAAAUGUUUGUUUUGGUUUUAUUUUAUUCUCCUGAAAUACAGAUGUAUAAUUUUUUAUUGUUUAUUCUAGACAUU